AUGGGGAUAAUACAACUGAAUAGUGCAAUCAGAGCUUGCCCCCAGUUGCUUCACAAGACAGUCAUCCACGACCCCCCACCCUCUACUCUUAUCAGCGAAUUUCCGAAUGCCCCAUUCUUCCACAAUAUCAGCAAUACCGGCGAGGAAUGUCUGAACCUGAACAUUAUGCGUCCAUCGGGGACUGUCGCAGCCUCGGUGGACCUUAAAAUGCCUGUGAUAUUCGUAGCCAUGAAUUAUCGUCUUGGUGGCUUUGGGUUCUUGCCAGGAGGUGAAGUCCUCAAAGACGGCGCCGCGAAUCUGGGCAUUCUCGAUCAGCGGUUAGCCUUGGAAUGGGUUGCAGAUCACAUUCGGGACUUUGGUGGCGACCCUUUAAAAGUCACGCUUUGGGGGCUCUCCACUUUUCGUGCGGCGAUCAUGAGCUCCGGGAGUAUUGCCCCCACCAGUCCAAUUGACGGUGUCAAGGGCCAGGCAGUGUUCAAUUCCAUUGUCAAAGAAGCUGGAUGCAAUGAAACUAACGACACGCUUGCAUGUCUACGUGGCCUGGAUUAUUCCACAUUUCUGAAGGCUGUCAAUUCGGUUCCUCGGUGGUUCUCCUACAAUUCGGUCGCCUUAUCAUACCUUCCCCGACCCGAUGGAACAAUUUUAACCGACACGCCGGAGAUUUUGGUUAAGAGUGGCAGAUAUGCUUCAGUUCCUUUUAUUAUCGGUGACCAAGAGGAUGAAGGCACAAUAUUUUCCUUGUUUCAGCCCAACAUUACUAUCGAAGCAGAGAUUGUGGACUACCUGAAGGAUAUAUUCUACCUUGAUGCUCCACGAGAGCUUCUAGAGAGUCUAGUCGCGACAUAUUCCAACAUCACCACAGAUGGCUCACCAUUUCGCACUGGAACGAGGAACAACUUGUAUCCGCAGUACAAAAGAAUCGCAGCGAUUCUUGGCGACUUUACUUUCACUUUGACUCGGCGAGUGUUUCUGACCCUCGCUAGUGAAGCUAGGCCAGAGGUACAAUGCUGGUCCUAUUUAUCGGCUUAUGGCUACGGCACACCCAUUUUAGGAACAUUCCACGGCUCGGAUAUCCUGCAGAUCUUCUAUGGGACUUGGUCAGACUAUGUCUCUCGAGCUAUCCCAGCAUAUUUCCUUUCAUUUGCCCACGACUUAGAUCCGAACUCCAGGGACACAGGGUAUACCUUCUGGCCAAAAUGGCGACCCAACCACAGUUUGAUGAACUUCUUGCGGAAUAAUUCAACUAUGAUUACUGAUGAUUUCAGUAACGGCUCAUUUGAGGUUAUUAUGGAAAACAGUGGCUUCUUUCAUAUUUGA